CUUUCUCUCUCAAAAAAAAAAAAAAAAAAGAACGUCCUGAACUUAGCGUCUUGCACAGACGCCGAGUCCGUUUCUCUCGCCGCCGAGAUCCGGAGCCUACUCUCGCCGCCACCACCAGCUCGUCGCCGUAUCUGCCGACACGUCCUCCUCGUUUUCCACCCAGGAGGCAACAUGUCGUCGCUCGCCGCCGCGAGAGCGGACAACUUCUACUACCCGCCAGAAUGGAGUCCGAAGAAGGGCGGGUUGAACAAGUUCCAUGGCCAGCAUGCGCUCCGGGAGCGGGCGAGGAAGCUCGAUCAGGGCAUCCUGAUCAUAAGAUUUGAGAUGCCUUUCAAUAUUUGGUGUGGUGGAUGCAAUUCCAUGAUAGCGAAGGGAGUAAGGUUUAAUGCUGAAAAAAAGCAAGUUGGGAAUUAUUACUCUACCAAGAUAUGGAGCUUCACUAUGAAAUCACCCUGUUGCAAGCAUGAAAUAGUUAUACAGACGGACCCAAAGAAUACUGAAUAUGUUAUAAUCAGCGGAGCCCAGAAGAAGACAGAAGAUUUUGAUGUUGAAGAUGCAGAGACACUGCUGCUUCCAGCAGAUGAAGAAAGGGACAAGCUUGCGGAUCCUAUGUAUCGGCUUGAACACCAGGAAGAGGAUCUUCGGAAGAAGAAAGAAGCUGAGCCAGUUUUAGUUCGCCUUCAACGACUUUCUGACAGCCGUCAUUCUGAUGAUUAUGCUCUGAACAGAGCCCUCCGUGAUCGUCUUAGGAGCCAAAAAAAGAGGGUUGCCGAAGAGAAAAAGUCUGCAAGAAAGAUGGGACUUGGAGUACGGCUUUUACCUCCCUCUGCAGAAGAUGCCGCUGCAGUAGCUUCAGUGAAGUUUGCAUCAAAAUUUGAGAAGAGUAGAAAGGACAAAAGAGCAGCAAUCAAGGCCUCCUCCAUCUUCCCGGAGUCGUCUAGCUCAGCUUCAAAGGGCAAACUGGACCUUGCGCUGAAGAGGCGGAAUAUAAAAGCCGGUGCAGCCACUGCCCUGAUGGCUGGCAGGGUGAAGCCGUCAUUGUGGCAGAGCACCAGUUCCUCAAGCUCAAGGACUCGGAUGCCGGUUUUGGCAACACGCAAGUAGGUGGCGCAAGAGGAACACCGCGAGUUACGCUUGUGCAAUAUUCACUUUUCUAAUUAGUUGCGCAGCGAAACCUGUUCACCACAGUGGUUCCCUUGCUCUAUACGAAUGUCUGUAAUGUAAUGUUUCCAUGUUUUUAGCUGUAUGUACUGCGGGUUUCCGGGUGGCGUUCGGUUUCUGGCAGUGUGCGCAAGAGUUGAAUUUCUAUUUUUAUGGUAGCCGCCCUGUAGUUUGAAGACCAUUGUUUUGCUUCCUGCAUGAAAAUGUUGAAAGCCUGGAUUGCUUUAUGGUAA